CGGAGGGAAUUCUGAGUGCGAAACAGCCGUUGUGGUGCUCAUUGAGAGACGGAGCAUCCCGGGAGCCGCUAGCCCAGAGAGGGGCCACGACAGUCGCGUGGGCUUGGGCUGCUGGAUCUCACAUCAGGGCAGGCAGGGCGAGCAGCCAGGAUCCCCCCGGGAGGGAAGCGGUCACGAACGCGAAGUCAUCCCUGAGUCAAAAUGACGGACCGCUUCGAUUGCCACUACUGUAAAGAGUCCCUGUUCGGGAAGAAGUACGUCCUACGUGAGGAGAACCCGUACUGCGUCAAGUGUUACGAGAGCCUGUACUCCAACACCUGUGAGGAAUGCAAGAAGCCCAUUGGCUGUGACAGCAAGGAUCUGUCAUACAAGGACCGCCACUGGCACGAGACCUGCUUCCACUGCUUCCACUGCAAACGGUCCCUGGCGGACAAGCCCUUCUCUACCAAGGACGAGCAGCUGCUGUGCACGGAGUGCUACUCCAAUGAGUACUCCUCCAAGUGUAACGACUGCAAGAAGACCAUCAUGCCUGGCUCCAGGAAAAUGGAGUACAAAGGCAACAGCUGGCAUGAGACCUGCUUCAGCUGCCAGCGUUGUCAGCAGCCCAUCGGCACCAAGAGCUUCAUCCCCAAGGAGAACCACAACUACUGCGUGCCCUGCUAUGAGAAGCAGUUUGCCAUGCAGUGUGUGCAGUGCAAGAAGCCCAUCACCACCGGUGGGGUGACCUACCAUGACCAGCCCUGGCACAAGGACUGCUUCCUGUGCACGGGCUGCAAGCAGCAGCUAUCCGGUCAGCGUUUCACCUCUCGGGACAACUUCGCCUACUGCCUCAGCUGCUUCUGCAACCUGUACGCCAAGAAGUGUGCAUCCUGCACCACCCCUAUCAGCGGGUUGGGUGGGAGUAAGUACAUCUCCUUUGAGGAGCGCCAGUGGCACAACGACUGCUUCAACUGCAAGAAGUGCUCCAUCUCCCUGGUGGGUCGGGGCUUCCUGACCGAGAGAGACGACAUUCUGUGUCCCGAGUGCGGAAAAGACAUCUAAAGGCAACGAGGACGGAGAGGAAACUGCCGAUCGCGGCCGGUGUUAAUCAUCGCCCGCGUGCCAGACCUGAGCAAUACCACCCUAUAGCUGUCCAAUGACAGACAUGUAUCUCCAAAAAUCCAUUAUUUCAGGAGUGGGAAAAUAUGCAUUUUCUCAGAAAAUACUUCACAAAAUAAACACAAUGAGACACCCUUUGCACCAUAAAUAGAAACCUAUUUUUACACAGUAGAUGGUUUAAUGUUUUCAAUGGACUUAUGUGGAUUGUUUUCAGUGAGGAAAAUAUGUGAACAAGAUACAAACUAGUCUCGCUUCUUUAAAUUCACAAUUAACAAUGACAUGUGUCAGCUGCCUAUUUAGCUAUCAAUGUUAAGUUUUUAAAAUUACCAAUAUAAGGUAUUCCAUACAAACAACUAUUGUGAAUACAAAUGUUAACUAGCACAAACAUAAACACUAGUUAAAUAGAUUACUUCAUACAAACAUCUUUUCAUUGGUCAAUUAGAUCGCAAACAUCAGUAGACAGAAUGGUUGUGGCGCAUCUAUAGUAAAAAGUCACAAUAUGCAAAAACUGAACAUACAUAGUCUUCAUCGGACAGCAAUGUUAUGCUGCCCUCAUAGUAAUCCCCUGCAGAUUAUCCAUACUCACCGAAAUCACCAUCAGACAAUCCUAGCUCAUUUCAGAAUAACCUGUGAAUAUUCUGGUUUUCUGCAUGCACUGAUUUGACUUUCUUGGAAUAAGUUUGGAGUUUUAAACUUGACAUAUAAAUGAACUAACAAUUCAGUUUCAAAUUUUUUAAGAUUAAAAUGUUUAUCUGAUUCAUUUUUUUUGUUUUGAAUUUUCUCUAUUAUCGGUCCUGUUGGCUUUUACAGUUAGAGAUGGCACAACCUUGAUUAUUGUCCAAGCCAUAUCUCAAUAAUGCUUUAUUAUACAAAAGAAACUAACCCAUGCUGUGGCGAAAAGAGUAGCAGCUAUGCAAAGGUGCAUACAAUUUCUAUAUUUUAUCGGAAUAUAUAACAAUUACUUUGUGUGCAAAUGUAAUAAAGUAGGUUGAAAAUGCA